ACAGUGUGCUUGUUGUGUUCCGAUGAAUAAAUAGAUAUAACUGGGCGUCGUUGUCGCAUAUUUCGACAACGUAACGAGACAGUCACGUGCUGAACGUGACGACGAUCUAGUCAAUCUCUCCUCGCGCUCCUUCAGACCGGUCACGUGAGACGGUUCGUAAAUUUUCUUUUGUGAGACGAUGAUGGGAACACCGUUUUCGAAGGGAUCGAGUGAUGAGGCUCCGAUGGGUGUCUACACUAUCUUGUCCAUCCUCUGUGCUACAGUAAAACUUCAAGUAUUUGAAUGUGGGAACACGACUGAUCUUGAUACGGGCCGAUUCUUAUGGACGUUUCUAUCGAUCCUAUUGGACCAGGGGACGAAGCAGAAUCUGAAAAGUUUCGUUCGUGAGGCAUCAUGGUUGCCGCGCCUGUAUCAGCGUGUCAUAGGUCAAACCGAUGAGAUACUGUUUCGCACUCUGCGACGUGCAGUUAGCGGCGUGUUCUUCGGCGAAACACCAACUUUUCUGCCUCUCCAUCUAACUUUGCAUCCUGCUACGUUCCGUUAUAUAAUUUCUACGCGAUCGGAACCUUCCCCCGCUACCGGUCAACGUUCCAACGUCCUGAGCGACGAUCUUGGAAAUGGCGCGAACGAAUGCGAAAAGGCGGCACUCCGAUUUGCCACAUUUCGAGUCAGUUGCCAGAAUCUCCAGUCUGCCUAUCGUGGAAAACGGUAUACACAUUGCUGGUAAUGUGUACGAUAGGAUAAAGCGAUCAAAUUCAUUGAUGAACUGGAGUUUGGGCACUGCUGAACAUUCAUUCGCGAUCGCAACGGCAUCGGCGAAGCCAGCGAUCUACGCGCUGAACGGGGCGAUCAUGACUAUCGAUCUGCUGCUCUGCAAAGGUAUCGACAUCGUUGAACAAAGAGUGCCAGCCGUGCACCUACCUCCCCAUCUUAUGUACUGCAACGCACGGGAAUAUGUGAGCAACAAAAUCGUCAGGCCUGUGCUGAUGCGUGCCGGAAGUGUAAAGCAGAUAGGAAGUCAAGCUGCGAACGCUGCAGCGGACAGAUUGGACGAUGCUCUUACUGUCGCAGAUAAAUACGUUGAUCGUUACUUGCCUCCUGAUCCCGCCGACAAAGUUAUAGAUGAAAAUACUCCUUCCAAAUCUGUGAGCAAGGCUACGCGGACCAUUAAACACGGCGCCAGAUUCUCUAGAAAAUUACAAAGAAGAUUGACGCGUCGUACGUUAGCAGAAGCUCGAGCCCUCAAGGAGCAGGGAACAGAGUGCAUUCAUGUACUCCUGUACGUUAUAGAACUGUUAGCAACGGAUCCAAAGCUAGCCUAUCAAAAAGCCAAAGAGUUGUGGGCAACGUUAAGUUUGCCUGAACCAGAAAAUCAAGCUCGGCCAGCAACUUUGGAACAGUUGUUGGUUCUGCUUACUCGUGAAUCCGCACGUCGCAUCGUCCAUCUCGUGAAUGGCACCACAACAUUAGCAAAAAGAUCUCCUCGAGAUCUUGGCAGAAUUCUCGUUAACCUUUCCCAUCAACUACUCGCGGUUGCAGACGCCACGUUAACAAUGGUACCACUCAUCGGCAUGAGGGACGCAACGAAAGCGCGAAUGUCAGUACUCCUUUCAGCUAUACAGAGGCUUAACUCUACAACAAAUCGUUUAUUGGAGCGGUUAGCAGCUUUCUUAGCUGGUCGUCCGACUGUUUCCAAGGUAACACAUGUCCAGAGCCAUCAGCAGAACCACAAUAACCACAUGUCGAUGUCUUCCAAUCCGCCAGUAAAUGGUAUCGAGUAACGUAGUCGCGUUUAAUAGUUGCUCCACAUGAGUGUUUUUUUGUUUUUAUUUCAAGGUCAAUGACAAGAAGAAAGAUCUCUGAUCGAAAUUUCACGAGUUAGUAACACGUCCAAUUCGCCGCAAUGACACGGCUCCGAAUCGCAUUCACCAUCCUCGGAUAAUAAACGGUCGAUUUCAUUUCUUAUUCUUAUCGAAUGGCACAGUAUAUCGGUGUCGUAUUAGCCUUCAGCUCUCACAUUUUAAUGCCUACUUAACAAUGUUUAUUUCUGAUGCACAAAAUGUAACGUUUAGAGGUAAGAAAGUGUAAAAAUAAAGAUUUGUUUUUCUCUUCAUUCCAGUA